AUGAUAAUUAGGAUUGAAGAAUUAACUGGUAUAUCAAUUCCAAAAAUUUACAAUACUGGUGCAGUUAAUCCACUUCAAUAUGCUCAACAACAACGUAAACGUAAAUUACUUUGGUCAAAAACAAAUGAUAAAACAUCAACAAGUAAAGUUGGUGCAGCAAUAACAGAUGGACAAGAUGAAAAAACAGCUGAAAAAUUUCGAAAAUUAUUAGGUAUGAAAACAAGUGGAAAUACAAAUAAUGAUACAACAGAAACAAAUGCUAUUAAUCAACAACAACAAAAUACAUUUGAUUCACUUGAUAAAGAAUAUCAAACAGCACGAAUAACAACACAUUUACGACGUGGUGUUGGACUUGGAUUUCUUUCUCAAGGACCUUUUGUACCUUCAUCAUCGGACAAAAAUUAA